AUGAGGGAGAUGAGGGGUAGUGAAUUACGUGGUUGUGUUGCUGUGUUUAGGCAAAUGUACGUGACUCGAGUGUAUGUAUGUAUGUAUGCAUGCAUGUAUGUAUGUAUGUAUAUAUAUAUAUAUAUAUGUGUGUGUGUGUGUGGUGUUCUCUUAAGAAUGUGUACCUACACCACACGCGUUGUACAUAGAGUUAGAUGUGGAAUUACAUUGUAUUGGUGCGAUCAUAUCACUCAGCACCGUUGUUUUUGUUCGUAUUUCAUUUGUCUGAUUGCUUUAUUACAUAUUUCCCUAUUGAUGUGUUAUCAAGGGGCAUACAAGGUUAUGUCUGUGUCGCUUUGGCGGACAUUUUACCGCGAAGCGGAGCAUAGUUGA